GGGCGGUGGCGGGGACACCAAAGUUCCAUCAUCCACUGCAAACCAAACCCUCUUCCUUGCGCCCACCGUCUCUUUCCUGUACUUUAUUCAUCGGCGCCCACUUAUAGCGACGCGCUUACUCUUCUCGAGAGCAGCAAGGUGAGAUGUCAGCUGCGUUCCUUUCUGCUGGGGCGGUCGCCGGCUACGUCGGCCUGAGGGCUGAUGCUUCAGCUAAGCUUUUUCCAGAGAAAGACUGCUCCAUUGGGUGGCGAUCGAGGACCGUCUCCAAUGGCUUCAGAACUCGGUGCAUGAAGACAUGGAACCCAUUCAAUAACAACAAGUACGAGGCGCUUUCUUACCUGCCACCCCUCUCCAAGGAAUCAAUAGCAAAGGAGGUUGAUUACAUGAUAGCUAAAGGAUAUAUCCCCUGCUUGGAAUUUGAUGAGGUGGGACAAGUGCACAGGACCAAUAGCCGAAUACCGGGCUACUACGACGGAAGGUAUUGGACACUCUGGAAGCUACCAAUGUUCGGAUGCACGGACCCAUCCCUAGUCCUUGAGGAGAUCGAAGAAUGUAAGCAGGUUUAUCCUAAUGCUUACAUUCGCCUCCUGUCCUUCGACAGCCAGCGACAGUGCCAGUGCAUGUCAUUUGUCAUCCAGAAACCCACAUCCGCCACUGUUGCUAAUGCCUAAACCUCUUGUUGUAGGCACUUGUGCAAGAUAAUAAGGUGGGAGAAAGAACUCUUUUAAGGUUUCGGAGUUGGAUGUUUGUGGUAGUUUACGUUAAAUAAGAUGAAAUGCUUGUCAUAAGAUUUCAGUUUGCUAAAUGUGCCAGGCAAGUAUUUAGUUUCUGAUGGCAUUGGCAAUUUGUUCCAUUAAGUUAUCCAUCUGCAGCAGCUAAGAUCUA